UUGGCUGACUUAGAGCUCAUGUAAACUAGUGGCAAUUUCUGAUCCCUCACUCAGGCUUUCACCCUUUCAGUUUCUGAUUCCCAAGUCCUCAUGUCAAGGUCUUCCAGACACGAGGCUUUCUCUUGAGUGCCUGGACUGCUCUCCUUUUCCCCUGAAAAAAUUCUCCUAAAGAAGUUCCUACACACACAAACAAAACCAUGGACCUCAUUGGGUUUCUGAAGUCUCAGUUCCUGUGCCACUUGAUAAUUUGCUACAUAUUUAUUGUGUCCGGGCUGAUAAUAAACACUAUUCAGCUCUUCACACUUGUUCUCUGGCCAGUCAACAAACAGCUCUUCAGGAAGAUCAACUGCAGACUGGCCUAUUGCAUUUCCAGCCAGUUGGUGAUGCUGCUGGAAUGGUGGUCAGGUACUCAGUGCACGCUCUACACGGAACCCAAGGAUUAUGGCAAGUACGGGAAGGAAAAUGCCAUCGUAAUCCUUAACCACAACUUUGAAAUCGACUUUCUCUGUGGUUGGAACUUUUGUGAACGAUUUGGGGUCUUAGGGAGUUCCAAAGUUCUGGCUAAGAAAGAGCUUUCCUAUGUUCCUGUAAUUGGAUGGAUGUGGUAUUUCCUGGAAAUAGUAUUCUGUUCCCGCAAGUGGGAAGAAGACCGUGAGACAGUCAUUAGGGGUUUGCUAAAUCUUCGUGACUAUCCUGAAAACUUCUGGUUUCUGAUUCAUUGUGAGGGCACCAGAUUCACCCAGCAGAAGCACCAAAUCAGUAUGCAGGUGGCAGAAUCUAAGGGCCUGCCGAAACUCAAAUAUCACCUGCUCCCGCGCACGAAGGGAUUUGCUGUUACUGUGAAGUGUUUAAGAAAUGUAGUUGCUGCUGUGUAUGACUCUACACUCAAUUUCAGAAACAAUGAAAACCCAACACUCUUGGGUGUCUUAAGUGGAAAGAAAUAUCAUGCAGAUUUAUAUGUAAGAAGGAUUCCAUUAGAAGAAGUCCCAGAAGAUGAAGAAGAGUGUUCCAGAUGGCUCCACAAGCUCUAUCAAGAGAAGGAUGCCUUUCAGGAGGGAUACUACAGGACAGGCACCUACCCGGGCACCCCCAUUGUGCCACCUCGACGACCCUGGACUCUCCUGUGUUGGCUUUUCUGGGCCCUGCUGCUUCUGUACCCCUUGUUCCGACUGGUGGUUAACAUGAUCAGCAGCGGCUCGUCACUGACACUGGCCAGCUUUGCCCUUGUCAUCUUUGUGGCAUCUGUUGGGGUUCGGCGUAUGAUCGGUGUGACAGAAAUCAACAAAGGUUCCACCUACGGCAACAACGACAGCAAGCAGAAAUCCAAGUGAUUGGUUCAGGGACUGCUUUUCAUCCAAAGGGAACUUCAGAAAACUCUUGCUUCUCCUCGAUUGGACAGAGUGAUGAAGGUUGGAUGAGAGACUCCUGGGGAUAUAUCUAAAGCCCCUCUCCCUUCUGGGGGAGGGGGCUUGGUCUCAAAGCCAGAUGGGGAAGAAGAUGAAUUCUCAAAUCCCCUCUCCUAACAUUUUUAAGCGGGUUUUCUUUCUUUUUCUCUGUAUGCGUGUGUGAGUGUGUGAGCGCCUGUGUGUAUGUGUGUGUGUGUAUCCAUAUAUGCGGAAGGCCUAUGUUUUAUAAUAAUCCAAAACAUACUUUGGGGGUGGGCUAGGGAAUCCCUUUCAUCCUUUGGUGCUGAGUUUUCUGUAACCCUUCUGAAAGGUUACCAGGGAUGGAGUGGAGAGCGCUUUUACAAAGAGCAUUAAAUUAUGCCUCCAAGAACAAAAACCUGUAUGUCUGGUACAUCUGUGGUAUAUGUUUACACGGGCCUCCUUCCCUCUCUCCCUGGUCCCUCUUUCUGGAAUGGCAUUUCUCUGGUCUUUAUCACAAGGUGAUCUGGAGUCUGCUUAAGCAGAAAUGGCUGCCAUGCCUGGAGACCAGGAAGCCUUCUAAAGGAGACAGAUGCACCCUGAGGGUCAUCCCAGAUAAAAGGCUGGUGGAAAUCCAUCACCAUUAAGUGGGAAUCUGCCUCCAUCUGGAAGGGAGAAUGAAACGGAGGGAACUGUUGUGUGAAGGCUUUUGAAUCCCCCCUCCCUCCAAAAAAGCCUUUCUUUUCUCUUACUUGGCUCCUGGGUGACUUACCCAUGGUGUUUUUGCUGCUGUGAUUUCUCUGGCUCCAUCUUGUUCGUCUCCAAGCCAGCACCAGCAUGCCUGUGCCCUUCUCGCCCUCAAGACCAAAUAUAAUAUGAUGACCCGGCGGAUGACCACCUUUUGUGGGUGUUCCCUUGUCCAUGAUGUCAGCUAAUCAAAAUGCAAAACUAAAUAAAAAGCGUGAGUUCAUUGGCACAAUCCAGAAAUCUCACCCAAUCAUGGACUUUCACUUGAUUAAAAUGCUAGUUAGCCUUUUUUCUCAUUUUUUUAAAAAGAAACAUCAUUAGUAGCUCUCAUUGAAAGCUGCUUUUGAUCAAGGCAGUGGUCUGUCUUAUGUAAUUCCUAAUUGAUUCUACCAAAGGAUUCAGUCCAUGAGACUUUGGAAUAGAAUUUAGAGGGACGUCCAGUAUGAAGGACCCCAUGCUAACAUCUGCUUGCUAGCCAACAUAACCAACUGCUAGAAAAAAGCAAUAAUUUACCCAAAAGAGAACUGUUUUAUACAAGAUAGUUUCCUUUAGGGACAAUUAUACUUCAGGUAGUAAUGCUACGCUCAGUUUGGUUUUUAAGUAACAGGUAUAUGUAUGACUUUGGCCAUUUCUGGUUAGUCAUCUGGGGAUUUCUUUUUGUGGACAGAAACCCAAUAUCAAGCAUUAAUGCAGAUAUUGACUCUUAGACAAAUGUAAGGUUCAAGGCUCAUUCUGUUCAGAGAGCUCUACUUUCAGAGAAUCUGUUUUUUAUUCAGUCCAUUAAUAUUUAUUGAAUGUGACUGUGUUCUGCGGCGCAGAAUUAAAGAGCUUUUGAUCUAUGAGGAAGAAGAAAAAAUAAAUAUAAACAAGAAACAGGACCAGUCAUACUUUGGAGAUGUGACUGAAUGAGCCCACUUUUGUAUGAGGCUCACACUGUCAUUUUCAUUAUUUUAAGUCACAUCAUUAUGAGUAUAUACAUAGAUACUAAGGGUAGUGACUUAGGAAAUAAACAAAAGGCUUCUUCCUCAUCAUUUUCUGAUGACUGAAUUACAGUGUCACAAGACUAAUCAUGAGCUAUUUUUUAAACCUGCCUUUGAACAUAAGAUAAAAUAUAAAGGGAGAACAUGCUGGGAUAUAUCAGUGGUAGUCAUUUCUAAUACUGUAUUGAUCUGGACCUUCCACCUUUUUUUUUUUUUUGGCUGAGGCAAUUGGGGUUAAGUGACUUGCCCAGAGAUCACACAGCUAGGAAGUGUUAAGUGUCUGAGAUCAGAUUUAACUCGGGUCCUCCUGACUUUAGGGUUGGUGCUCUAUCCAUUGUACCACCUAGCUGCCCCUUCUACCAUCUUUUGUAAUCUAUCCUUUGUUCCUUGCUAACUUUAGAGCACAAAAUAUUGUCCCUAUUUUUAGAAAUUUUUGUUUUCUUUAAAGAGGUUCCCUGUAUUUUAAAAUUGUCUUUUAUCAUUUUAAUUUGGAAAGGUUCUCUUACCUUUUACUACUUCUACUUUGUGGUGGAUUCGACCCAUUCAACAAAACAGCAUAAGAUCCCAAGAUGGUUGGCCGAGAAUGAAAAACCCAAAGGACCUGUUUAAAUUGUUUCUUUUCUGAGUUAGAGAAUUAUAGAUUAAGAUUCUUUCUCUCUCUCUCUCUCUCACUUCUUAGCAUCUAUCUGUUUGACAUCCUCAUCUUGAGUUUGCUCUUUUUACAGUUUGCUAACAAAGGCAGUGAUUGUGGAGGGGUGGGAAGGAGGGAGAAUUAAGUGCUAAAACCUAGUUAUUUUCUAUUAACUGUAAUAUCUUGGUUCUUUUAAAGUUGAAAGAUGGGACCAGUGAUUUAAAACGUAUCUAUAGAUUUAAAAUGUAUGACUAGGUAGGUACUUAGUGCUAUAGUACCUGCCUAGUUAAGAAAUGAUUAUCAAUCUGUCCCUUAUAGCAAACCAGGGUACUUAAUUGGAGACUAACCUUGGAAAGGAAGCUUAUCCUAAAAUUUCUGAAGGUCACUUGUUUUGUGGACAUUGCAUAUCUUUUAAAAAUGAAACUGGGCCAAAAAAACCUUCACUUGGGCAGCUGUUCGGUACAGGUCACUUUAAUUUUCAAUACUGGCUUAUCUCCUAUACUACUGGCAUCUCUUUAAAUGUUUGCAGUAGCCAUAUCCAUAUUUAUAAGUGGAAAGUUAAAUUGCUCUGAAUAAAAACAAUUUAGAUAGCAAAUAUAAAGAUAUGUCCAAGAUUUAAAGUUCUGCCAUUAUUUAGAAAUUGAUGAGCUUGAGCCCUUCUGCUAAAGAUCACAGUAUUCCUUUAAUUAUGGUGGGUACCAGGAUAGUGGAGAGUCCCAAAAAGAAACAUAUAUGACUUUGACUACAAGAUGUGCUUUUUUAAUUUACCUUUAAAUUUAAACACGCUGAUGUUUUGGGGAUUCAUAACACUUCAGCAAAAUAAUAAAGCCACACUGUGAAGAAUCUGCCUCAGGAUCAUAGGAUCAUAAAUACUGAAGCUGGAACAGACCUCGGAAGCCAUUUCAUCCAGUUCGCUUAUUUUACAGAUAAGGGAAUUGAGGCUCAGAAAGAGCUAGAAAAUUGAUAUAGAUUGUCCUGCACAAGUCUUUUUACUCCCCCAUUCCCUGCUAGAGAUUUAUCUCAGAUAAAAGAAAUAGUAAUCACUCUGAUUCUAUCACCCAGUCUCUAACUUGGGAUAAAGAAUAAAGAACCUGCUGGGCUAUCAGCCUACAUAGGAAAGGAAAAAAAAGUCAUUUAGUCAACAUGAGCUAGUGAAUAGUAUCAUUAAAGGACUUUUAUCACCUACUUUUUAGUUAUGUGAAACAGAAUUUGAAAGUAAGAUCUAUCCAUAAUCAGAGUUGACUAUAUAUUACCCAGUCCUUCUUUUCCUAAAGCUUUUGGAUGAAGUGUGUAUAAUCUUGCCUGGAAAAGGUACUUGCCAAAAUGUAAUAAAAACUCUUCUGGUUUACUGUAUUAAAAGCCGUACAUAUUGUCGUCAUGUUAGGCAUCAGUGUUUAUCCUCCAUAAGCGACUGUGUUUUACAAUUGCCUUAACAAAAGUAGUCUUAAUUUUGUUUACAUGGGAAAAAAUAAAAAAACAAAAACAAAACUGAA